CACUCACUGUUAGAUCCAAAACAUCGCUACACUCAUUCAAAAAAUGGCUUCCACCACCAAUGAUUCAGAUUUGGCAUAUUUGGAACACAUUCAACAAUACCUUCUUUGCGAUGAUUCCAGCCUUCUAACAUCUGGCCAACCUUUCCCAAGUCCUAAAAGUGACAAUGAUUCAGACACAAUUAUAGAGCGGAGGGAAGUAAGCACGCCUCCUAUAUGGAAGCGGUACAAGGGCGUGAGGCGUAGGCCGUGGGGGAAGUUCGCAGCAGAGAUCAGAGAUCCAAAGAAGAAUGGUGCUCGGGUUUGGUUAGGAACUUAUUUGACCGAGGAAGAGGCAGCUUUGGCUUACGACAAAGCUGCAUUCAAGAUGCGUGGCCAAAAAGCUAAGGUUAAUUUUCCCCAUCUCAUUGGCAAUGACGUGUCUAAGUCGGUAUCAGAGAGGGAAGUGGGUUCAGUGGUUUUGAAACGGGACUCGCCAGAGUCUUCAUCGUCCGUGGGAAGUUGUGAGUCAUUGUCACCUGGAUCAAAGAAGAGGAAGGGCAUGGCUGAUCUACUUAACAAAUUAGCGAAGAGUCCAUGUAAAGCUAUGGUGGUUGAGAAUGAGAAAUCCUUACAAGAAAAUGAUUUUGAGCAAUGGGUGAAUGAGUUGAAUGAUUGCACUCUAAUCAGGAGCUCCUAGAGUAGUUCUGUUAUAAUUUUAUGUUUUCUAUUAUUUUUUCAUUACCCUGAUGAUUUUCAAGGGGUGAUGUUUAAGCAAAACUACAACAAUUAAUGUUGUUAUUUGUCCGAAAGAACGUUCUUUUGGAUUUGAUGUUAAGUUGAAAAGAUUUUUUAUUUUAAGAUGUACAGUUUCAUUUUAUCUUUUCGAAAGGCAAUAUUUCAUGGAGACAACUUCUCUACCCAUCACAAAAAGUUGGGUAGUGUACCUCCAACCACAUGAUUCCAUCUCAUUUAAUACAUUUAAUUAUUUAUUAAAAUACUACAAAUAUUUAUUGUUUUCAAAGCAUUUUACAAAGGAGGUAAUCUUACCCAACUUUUUGAGUUGGGUAGAUAAGAAUUCACCAUAUUUCAUAUGUGAGCAAAAGUGAUAGCAAUC